AUGAAGAUCUGGGUCUUGCUGGGGGCCCUGGCCAUGGCCGUGCCCGCUAUGCCCGCCGAAGUCAACAGGAACAAGAACAGAGGUCGAGGAUCUAUGUGGUGGGGGAUUGCCAAAGCCGGAGAGCCGAACAACCUGCUGCCGAUGUCUCCAGCGUCCCUGCACAUGGACCCCACGGUUUAUGCGACUCUGAGGAGGAAACAACGCAGGUUAGCCCGGGAGAAUCCAGGAGUUUUGAUGGCCGUGGCCAGAGGAGCCAACCAGGCCAUUGUGGAGUGCCAACACCAGUUCCGGAACAGAAGGUGGAACUGCUCGACGAAGAACUUCCUUAGGGGGAAGAACCUCUUCGGGAAGAUCGUCGACCGGGGGUGCCGGGAGACUGCGUUCAUCUACGCCAUCACCAGUGCAGCGGUGACGCACAGCAUCGCCAGGGCUUGCAGCGAGGGCAGCAUCCAGUCCUGCAGUUGCGAUUACACUCAUCAGUCCAGACCUCCUUCGGCUGUUAGGGACUGGGAAUGGGGUGGGUGCUCGGACAACAUUGGGUACGGCUUCAAGUUCUCCAGGGAGUUUGUGGACACCGGGGAACGCGGGAGGAACCUCAGGGAGAAGAUGAACCUGCACAACAACGAGGCUGGGAGAGCGCACGUCUCGUCGGAGAUGCGGCAGGAGUGCAAGUGCCACGGGAUGUCGGGCUCGUGCACCGUGAAAACCUGCUGGAUGAGGCUGCCGAACUUCAGGGUAGUCGGCGACAACCUGAAGGACCGGUUCGACGGAGCGUCCCGCGUCAUGGUGAGCAACUCCGACCGGGCACGGGCCAACAGCAACGCGAUCAUCAGCAACUCCGCCAGCAACUCCGUCCACGCCCAUCGGGAGGGCCUAGGGCGCCGGCACAGGUACAACUUCCAGCUGAAGCCCUACAACCCCGAGCACAAACCCCCGGGUCUGAAGGACCUGGUCUAUCUGGAGACCUCGCCGCCGUUCUGCGAGAAGAACCCCAAGCUCGGCAUCCUGGGCACCCAUGGCAGGCAGUGCAACGACACCAGCAUUGGGGUCGAUGGCUGCGACCUCAUGUGCUGCGGUCGCGGCUACAGGACCCAGGAGGUCAUCGUCGUCGAGAGGUGCGCCUGCACCUUCCACUGGUGCUGUGAGGUCAAGUGCCAGCUCUGCAGGACCAAGAAGACCAUACACACGUGUUUGUAA